UGGUUAAUUUUGGAGACCUAAAAAAUUGGUAAAACACUGUUGGUCACAAAAACCAGGAUUCUUGUUGUCUCUGAUGAGAACUGUAGCAUGCUUCGGUGGCAGUGGGGGUGUAACUGGAGUUGGGGUCGCCAGUGAGACUGAACUUUUGGCCAAACGUCAGGAAUUCCAUACAGAACAAGAACUUUGGAGUGUUUAUACAGCUUUGGCCCUGUUCAUCCGGCACCAGUGGACAGCGCACUCUUAAACUGGCUCCCCCAUGAAAAAGGGGGCUCAUUCAGACCAGACCGUGUGCACUGAACAAGUGGCUGAACACUGAGAGAAACCUGCAGCCAUGGUUGGCAAAAUCAUUCCUCUGCUGGACCACUGGCUGGAAAACCGAGCCGCGCGUGUGAAGAGGAGCAAAAACCUUAAAAUAUGUCCUCGCAAGCUUCCAUUGUUAAGGGACCCCGAGGUGGUGGAGGCUCUCUCCCUGCAGAAUGCCAAGAUGGCAAGGCUGCUCCCCCCCACUGGCAGCGAUGUUUUCCGCCGGUUUACCCCGGAGUCACUGGCGGAAAUCGAGCGGCGCAUGGCUGAGGAGAAGGCAGAGCAGGAGCUCAAAAAACAUGUAGAGGUGGCAGAGGAGGACCUUCCCAAGCCAAGUGCUGACCUCGAGGCUGGCAAGACCCUGCCCUUCAUCUAUGGCGACCCACCGCCUGAGUUGCUCAACGUCCCCCUCGAAGAACUGGAUCCUUAUUACAAAGCACAAAAAACAUUCAUAGUCAUCACCAAAGGGAAUACAAUCUACAGGUUCAAUGCAGAACCUGCCUGCUACAUUCUGAGCCCGUUCAGCAUCCUAAGGAGGGGAGCUAUCAGAGUUCUCAUACAUCCAUUGUUCAGCAUGUUCAUCAUGGUGACAAUUCUUUCAAACUGUGUAUUCAUGACAAUGAGCGAUCCUCCAGCAUGGAAUAAAAUUGUAGAGUAUGUUUUCACUGGUAUUUACACAUUUGAGGCACUAAUAAAGGUGUUGUCACGAGGCUUCUGUAUUGGAGAUUUUACAUUCCUUCGAGACCCAUGGAACUGGCUGGAUUUCAUGGUGAUCACUAUGGCGUACAUCACAGAGUUUGUAGAUCUGGGCAAUGUAUCAGCUCUGCGAACUUUCCGUGUGCUCCGAGCUCUUAAAACAAUCACUGUAAUUCCUGGUCUGAAAACCAUUGUGGGUGCUCUGAUCCAGUCGGUGAAGAAGCUGGGUGAUGUGAUGAUCCUUACAGUGUUUUGUCUCAGCGUCUUUGCCCUCAUUGGGCUGCAGCUCUUCAUGGGCAAUUUAAAGCAAAAAUGCAUCCUGUGGCCCCCACUGGGCUUCCGCUCCAAUGACAGCUUGAGCAUAGAUGUGAACGGCACAGAGAAUUCCACCUUCGACUUUUCAGAGUAUAUCGACAAUGCAGAAAACCAGUACUUCUUUCCAGGUGCCAUGGAUCCACUCAUUUGUGGAAACAGCUCUGACGCUGGGAGAUGCCCUGAUGGAUAUAUGUGCAUAAAGGCUGGACGAAACCCAAACUAUGGCUACACUAGCUAUGACACCUUUGGCUGGGCUUUCCUGGCUCUCUUCCGCCUCAUGACCCAGGACUUCUGGGAGAACCUCUUCCAACUGACACUCCGUGCCGCAGGAAAGACGUAUAUGAUCUUCUUUGUGGUCAUCAUCUUCCUGGGCUCCUUCUAUUUAAUCAACCUGAUUUUGGCCGUGGUUGCAAUGGCCUAUGCGGAGCAGAAUGAGGCAACCAUUGCUGAAGCUAGAGAGAAAGAAGAGGAGUACCAGAAGAUCCUAGAGCAGCUGAAGAAGCAAGAAGCUCAGAAACAUGCAGCUGCUGCGAGCAGCAAGAAGCCCAAGACCGAGGGUGGUGGGUCCGUGCACAGCCCCAGUGAUGAAGAGGGGAAGCUUGCGGUAGAUCACCUGGAACAACCAGGCGCACAAAACCGGAGAGCCAGCGCCACAAGUGCCAUUAGUAGUGUCAUAGAAGACCUUGAUGAGAUACCACGGCCGUGCCCUCCAUGGUGGUACAAAUUUGCUGACAUCUUCUUGAAAUGGGACUGCUGUGCCCCCUGGAUGACCUUCAAGAAGUGGGUGUACUUUGUGGUGAUGGACCCCUUUGUGGACCUGGGCAUCACUAUCUGCAUCGUACUCAAUACCCUCUUCAUGGCCAUGGAGCAUUAUCCUAUGAGUAACAGCUUUGCGGACAUGCUCAGUGUGGGGAACUUGGUUUUCACUGGCAUCUUUGCAGCAGAGAUGUUCUUCAAACUCAUCGCCUUGGAUCCAUACUAUUAUUUCCAGGUUGGGUGGAACAUCUUUGACAGUAUCAUUGUCACUCUUAGUCUCGUGGAGCUGGGACUUGCCAAUGUUGAAGGCCUGUCUGUGUUGAGGUCCUUCCGUUUGCUGAGGGUCUUCAAGCUGGCCAGGUCCUGGCCCACCUUAAACAUGCUGAUCAAAAUCAUUGGUAACUCUGUUGGCGCCCUGGGAAACCUGACCCUCGUCCUGGCCAUCGUUGUCUUCAUCUUCGCUGUUGUGGGGAUGCAGCUGUUUGGGACCAGCUAUAAGGACUGCGUCUGCAAGAUCUCAGAGGACUGCGAGUUGCCCCGUUGGCACAUGAAUGACUUCUUUCACUCCUUUCUCAUCAUCUUCCGAAUCCUAUGCGGCGAGUGGAUUGAGACCAUGUGGGAAUGCAUGGAAGUGGCUGGUCAGGCCAUGUGUUUGAUCGUCUUCAUGAUGGUCAUGGUCAUUGGGAACCUGGUGGUACUCAAUCUCUUCUUGGCCUUGCUCCUGAGCUCCUUCAGCGGCGACAACCUGGCAUCCUCCGACGAGGAUGGCGAGAUGAACAACCUGCAGAUUGCCAUCAACAGGAUCACCAGGGGCAUUGAUUGGGUUAAAGCCCAAGUAGUCCAGAUCAUCAGGCAGAUCUUGGGCAAAAAACCCAAGGAUGACGGCAGCAAGCCCAAAAAGGAAAACUUUGUCCUUAGUCAUAUGGACUCGGACAAGGGCUCCAAGACUGGUCUGAAAAUAGUGCCCAUCUCUGAAUUUAUUACAGAUGGUAGGGUAACCAUAAAUGUGCCCAUUGCCAAAACUGAGUCAGAUUUUGAAAACCCAGAUGACAGCGACAUCUCAGAAGAAGAGACUGAAAUAACCAAAGGAACAAAAGUCUGUAAAGUGGCAGAUGGCUCGUCACUUGACAGCACGGCGGACAACAAGAAUGCGGAGAAUGUUGAGGAAGGGGAAGAAUCGGAAAUCACAGAGCCAGUGGAUUGUUUCACUGAUGACUGCUUCCGGCGCUGCCCGUGUCUCAUGGUGGACAUCACCCAAGGCAGAGGAAAGGCCUGGUGGAACUUCAGGAGAACCUGCUAUGCCAUCGUGGAGCACAACUACUUUGAAACCUUCAUUAUUUUCAUGAUCCUGCUGAGCAGCGGAGCCUUGGCCUUUGAGGACAUAUAUAUUGAGCAACGACAGGUCAUAAAAAUCGUCCUGGAGUAUGCAGACCAAGUGUUCACCUAUGUGUUUGUUAUUGAAAUGCUUCUGAAAUGGGCUGCAUAUGGUUUCAAAAUGUACUUCACCAAUGCCUGGUGCUGGUUGGACUUCCUCAUUGUGGACGUUUCUUUGAUCAGUUUAACAGCUAAUAUUUUGGGAUACUCUGAGCUGGGACCCAUCAAGUCUUUGAGGACCCUGAGAGCUUUGAGACCCCUGAGAGCCCUUUCCAGAUUUGAAGGGAUGAGGGUGGUGGUGAAUGCCCUGGUGGGGGCCAUACCUGCCAUCUUCAAUGUCCUGCUGGUGUGCCUCAUCUUCUGGCUCAUCUUCAGCAUCAUGGGUGUGAACCUGUUUGCUGGAAAGUUCUUCUACUGCUUCAACACAACAUCUGAGGAACGCUUCCAUGUGGAUGAGGUCAAUAACAAGACUGACUGCCUUAGUCUCAGUCUCAUGACGGAGAACAGCGAUGUCCGUUGGAUGAACCUAAAGGUCAACUUUGACAACGUAGGCAUGGGCUACCUCUCGCUCCUGCAGGUGGCAACCUUUAAAGGCUGGAUGGAUAUCAUGUAUGCAGCUGCGGAUUCUCGUAAGGUGGAGGAUCAGCCCAUUUAUGAGACCAACCUCUACAUGUACCUGUACUUUGUCAUCUUCAUCAUCUUUGGGUCCUUCUUCACACUCAACCUCUUCAUCGGUGUCAUCAUUGACAACUUCAACCAGCAGAAAGCAAAGCAGGGUGGAAAGGACCUGUUCAUGACAGAGGAACAGAAGAAGUACUACAACGCAAUGAAGAAGCUCGGGUCCAAGAAGCCACAGAAGCCGGUUCCUAGACCGCAGAACUUCAUUCAAGGCCUGGUGUUUGACCUGGUCACCAAGCAGUUCUUUGACAUCUGCAUCAUGGUGCUGAUCUGCCUCAAUAUGAUCACCAUGAUGGUGGAGACGGAUGACCAAAGUCCAGAACAAGAAGAAAUCCUGUUCUACAUUAACCUCAUCUUCAUCUUCAUCUUCACCGCAGAGUGUGUCCUCAAAUUGUUUGCUCUCAGACAGUACUACUUUUCAGUCGGAUGGAACAUUUUUGACUUUGUUGUGGUUAUUCUCUCAAUAGCUGGAAUUUUGUUGGCAGACCUCAUAGAGAAGUACUUUGUGUCUCCAACCCUUUUCCGUGUCAUCAGACUGGCCAGGAUUGGUCGCAUUUUACGUCUCAUCCGGGGAGCUAAAGGCAUCCGGACUCUACUGUUUGCUCUCAUGAUGUCACUUCCUGCUCUUUUCAACAUUGGCCUGCUUCUCUUCCUAAUCAUGUUCAUCUUCUCCAUCUUUGGCAUGUCCAACUUUGGUUAUGUGAAGAAAGAGGCAGGCAUUGAUGACAUGUUCAACUUUGAGACCUUUGGAAACAGUAUAAUUUGCCUCUUUCAAAUCACCACAUCAGCAGGCUGGGAUGGGCUUCUUAGUCCCAUUCUGAACAGUGGGCCCCCUGACUGUGACCCAGACGUGGAGAAUCCUGGCUCCACUGUCAGAGGCAAUUGUGGUAGUCCUCUUGUGGGCAUUGUGUUCUUUUGCAGCUACAUCAUCAUAUCUUUUCUUGUUGUGGUUAAUAUGUAUAUUGCCAUUAUAUUGGAGAAUUUCAAUGUGGCCACUGAGGAGAGCAGUGAGCCACUGUGCGAGGAUGACUUUGAGAUGUUUUAUGAGACCUGGGAGAAGUUUGAUCCAGAUGCCUCUCAGUUUUUGGACUACAGCAAGCUUUCCGAUUUCUGUGAUACACUGAAAGAUCCUCUAAGGAUUCCAAAGCCUAAUGCCAUUAAGCUCAUCACUCUGGACCUUCCACUUGUGUCUGGGGACAAAAUCCAUUGCCUUGACAUCCUUUUUGCACUCACAACGGAGGUGCUAGGAGAAUCUGGGGAGAUGGAUGUCCUUAAGGCUAGCAUGGAGGAGAAGUUCAUGGUAAACAACCCCUCCAAAGUGGUGUAUGACCCCAUCACCACCACACUAAAGCGUAAGCGGGAAGAAGUUGCAGCAGCAAUCAUCCAGCGGGCUUACCGCAAACACCUGUUAAAGCGUUCUGGCAAACUUCCUUCAUACAAGUCUCAAGAGAAGGCGGAGCUGAAAAAGAUUGAUAAAGAGUCUCUGGAGGCAAAAGGGCUCACAGACAAGCUGAACAGCUCACCAUCUGAGAGUGAUGCCCUGAAGGAAGACCCUGCCACAAAAAUACCUCAGUCUUCCGUGGUGCCGAUGGAAGCUCAAGAAAUGCAACCCCAAGAGGGCCCAGUGGAAGAUCAGCAGCCAGUCAGUCCAGUGGAAGUCAUGAAUGACGUGAUCUUACGUGCUGCUCCAUCCUCUGCUGAGGAGCCCUCCGUGUAUCGGGUCAACCUAAGGGAAUCUAUCGUUUAGCAACUUUGACAGAGGCAGAGCAACUCCGUUCUUCUGCCGGCAGAGAUACUGACAUCCCUGCUGAGAGCAUUAGUGAAGCCUAAACGUCUGAGUGUGGAUACGGAAUGAUGCUGUAACAGAACAGUGCACGUGAGCCUCCUGCCUGAGUUCGCUAUCCCUCGUCCUGGAAAUCAACAGGGGGUGCAGACUUUUUCCCGAGGAAAAGUCACACUAAGGACUUGGAUACGGGAAAGAACCUCUGCACAGGCUGUCGAUUGCCAAGACAAGGGGUGCCAGUGAGUGCUCUAAGGUAAUCUAUCAAGAGUGUGAGUCAAAAUAAAUCCAAAAAGUCCCACUUGGUUCCUUGCACUAUUUUUGGUCUUAAAAUGGCCUGCUUCUUACAAGAAAUGUCAUUGAAAGUGCUAUCUAAGGAGAGUCUUAGAAACACAGUACCAUGACAUUAUUCUUACAUUCAUAGGCAUGGUGCACAUCUUUUGUAGCUGUUCUGUAAGCCUCAUAAUUUCUUUUUUUCAACUAAGUAUUUUUUUUAAAUGAGGCAUUUCAAAUAUUGCCAAGUUUAAAAAUGGAGUGUUUCAAGUGCAGUUAAUCAGCGAAGUGCCACCAAUAUUCAACAUGUGUCAAAGAUCACUGUUACUGAGAAAUCUGAUGGUAAAUGCCUAUGAUAUCUUUACUGUCCAAUAAUAUAGUGAUGCCAAACAUUCUACCAAAUGAACUAUGUUAACAGCAGUUUUGUCGGUUUUGUAUAUACAUGUAAACUAUAUAAACAUAUGUUUUCUUUAAUACAGGUGUUAUCAAUGGAGCGUUAAACCCACAGCAGGGAGAUAUGUAAGAUAAAAUAUGUUUACACUAAUCUUAGUUUAAUUAAUAAUUUCUCAUUAUGUUGCAGUUUAUCACCCAGUUUGAGAUGAGCAGGUGUAUCAGCAAAUGAGGCAGAUUUAUCAUAGAUGUUCUUUGCAUUAUGUGUGCAAUGUUUCCUUUUAUUUUUGCUAUCCUCAACAUAAAUUAAAAGUCUUUGUUAGAGGUUGGAAAGUAAUAUUUUGUGCAUUAAGUUUUUUGUUUUUCCAUAGCCAAAGCAAAAUAUACAUAGGGCUGAAUAGACAACUUCUUAUAUUGGAACUUCUUUUUGACAGUGUCUGUAUGAAUUGUAUUUUGUGAUUAACAUUUUCCAUCACAGGGGUUAUGACUCUUAAGCUUUACUCUGCUACUAUUCACUUUUUUCCUCUGUGUAAUUUUGUUAAAUGGGUGUUUUUGUCGCGGCGGGUUUGGCCGGUGCCUGCUGUGUAGCGGGUCUGGGGUUCGAGCCCUGCUUGGGGUGCC